AUGCAGCGAACGCCACCACACCAACUUGCAACCAGGCCACGAUUCCCACAAACACCAAGCCAAUUUUCCUCCCAAAAUUCAGUUUUUCUUUUUGAUUCGAUGGUGGUUUCUUAUUGCCAUGUGGGUUACGAUUCUCGUCGUUGUUGUGCCCUCUACGCUCUGACUCCGCAGACGAUUCUGUUUUGUUAUUUGAGGGAGGACUUAAGGAAGGACGGUGAGGGCGUGUUCUUGGUGAGGGCGGAGGACGUAGAGGUGGAAGAGGUGGCGCUGGAGGAGGGGGUGGAGGAGGUGGAGACGGAGAUGGCGGAGGAGGUGGAGACGGAGAUGGUGGAGGUGGAGAUUGGUCAGGAGAUGGUGGUGGAGGCGGAGGAGGUGGUGGUGGUGAUUCAGUAAUCACAUUUUGUUGGGACUCCACGACUAGGGCAAAGAAACUGAAGGUAACCCCCAAACAUACAACGACCAAGGUCAACAAUGGCGACUCCAUUUGACGAUCUCAAUCGAAAUCAGGGCUAUUUCUCGCAUCAGGGUGGUUUGGUCCCAAUUUCUCUAUUUCUUCUCCAAAUUCAACAAAUCUGGAUCAACAAACGGGCAAAAAGAAUUAGGGUUAGGAAAUCAAGAAGGAUUUUUCUUUUUCCCCUUAAUGUGUGUCAAAAACCAACGAAAUGGGUUUGAUCUGGUCGCAAAUAGUUGAUUGAUGCGAGAACACAACAGAAUAUAGGUAGGAAGAACUAGUGUUAGGGCAUUACAUUACUACGUAUCUUCUCGAUUUAUUCCCUUUCUGAAGAGUCAACAGAUUGGGUCAAUCAUCAGGUUAUGAUAAAUCAAAGACUAGGUCGUCAAUUUAGGGUUUCCCACACUUCUCUGCGAGAGAGAGAGAG